CUUGGGCUACAGAGUGGCUUGGGUGCUGGAGACCCCUGGAACACGGGGUUUCAGUGUGGUCUCCCUCUCACCAGGCCCCAGGCCGUUCCUUCCUGCUCUCGUGAGGCCCCAUCGAGGGCAGACUGGAUGGGACCUUAAUGAGGCUCUCCCGGCCUUACUGGCUGACAGGACAGGGCUCCACCUGCCACUGGCACUGUUCCCAGCCCUGCCUUGGUUGCCUGGCAACAGCUCCGCGUCUCUGGCACACUACGGCAUACUAUGGCGAGUGGCGGCCUAGCAGCCAAGAGGGUAGUGGUGUAUCGGAAUGGGGACCCCUUUUCCUCGGGCCAUCAGCUGGUGGUAGCCCCUCGCCGCUUCCCCACCAUGGAGGCCUUCCUCUGUGAGGUGACCUCAGUUGUGCAGGCACCGCGGGCUGUGCGUACCCUCUACACGCCUUGUCACGGCCACCCUGUCGCCAACCUGGCAGACCUGCAGAAUGGAGGGCGCUACGUGGCUGCUGGCUUCGAGCGGUUCCGCAAGCUCCCCUACUUAGCCCCUGCAGGAAAGGACCCACGGGGGAAGAGCCACAGCCUACAAGGUCCUCCUGUGACUCGCCAGCCAUGCGGUGGGGCCCUUGGACGGUGGCUGCCGGCAGGCACCCCCUGCUAUAUCCACGUGUUCAGGAACGGGGACCUGUUAAGUCCCCCCUUUAGUCUGAAGCUGCCCCAGGCUGCCAGCCAGGACUGGGACACGGUGUUGGAACUCCUGACUGAGAAGGCCAAGCUGCAGAGUGGAACCGUAUGCAAACUCUGCACCCCAGAAGGGUGUCCGCUGGCAGCAGGGGAGACUCUGGUGAGCGGCCGAUACUACGUUGCUGUCGGAGAAGAAGAAUUCAAGGCCCUUCCCUAUGUGGAGCUGCUGGUGCCCAGCCCCUCCCAGCGUGGAGGCUGCUGGCAUCCGCCAAGCCCGAAGUGCAGGCCCCAUAGGCAGGGGGCCCAUGGUCACAGGGCACAGCCAACCCCGCCCUCUCCAAAGGAACCAAGCCGAAUGGAGCCAUCUGCUUUCUAUGCCAGAUCCCGGCCGGCCAUUCAGCCAAGCAAGCUCUGCACUCUCUCGUUUCCACCAGGAGUUAAGGGAGUGUAUGGGGCUCCCCACCCAAGGCGGGAGACGGCAGAGGCCAAGGAAGUGGCGGAGGAUGACAACACGCAGACAGAGCAGCCCCUGGAUCAGCAGGGAGCAGAGGUGGUGGAAGAGGACCUGUCCCUGGCCAGCCAGCCUGGGGUUGGGGCUGGAGAGGCGCUCUCAGCCUCAGCCCCUGCUCUGCCAUGAGAGCCGGAAGCUCCAGAACUGGGGACCACCACCUUUCAUCCUCCGCCUCCCACAGCCUCCUCCCCGGGGCCGGGGCCUCUGCCUGCCCCCCACCCCCAGGCCCACAGCCCAGUUUCCCCUUCCUGAGCAGAGCAGCCCUAU